AGAUGGUAUGAUCCUAACAAUGGCUUUCCCUUCCAUGGCUACAGUGUUAUAAAUUGAGGACUCCUGUAUAUCUCCCAUUACUUUAUCGUGAUUGAAUAAAGGUGUUUUAAAGGGGAAAUAAAGGUAAAUUCUCAUUAUUAACAAUUAAAAAACAACAACAGUAGGAAUUAACAUUAAAAUGACAACUCAAAAGAACACAGCUAAAACGAAGAGAGGUGAUUUAACAUCUGCUGAAAGAGAGAUGCUACAGGUUGCUGCUGCAGGGGAUGUGCAAGAGGCCGCUCAGCUUCUCAACAGUAAAGAAGUGCGCGUUAACUGUCUGGAUGAGAACGGCAUGACCCCUCUCAUGCAUGCUGCUUAUAAGGGGCAAGCAGACUUAUGCAGGCUACUGCUGCAGCAUGGAGCUGAUGUCAACUGUAAUGAGCAUGAGUAUGGCUAUACUGCGCUCAUGUUCGCCAGCCUCUCAGGCAAUGCUGAGAUUACAUGGAUGAUGCUGGAUGCUGGGGCAGAGACAGACCUAGUCAACUCUGUGGGACGGACUGCAGCACAAAUGGCAGCUUUUGUAGGCCAGCAUGACUGUGUGACAGUGAUCAAUAACUUCUUCUCACGAGCAAGAUUAGAAUACUACACCAGACCACAGGGCUUAGAGAAAGAACCCAUACUGCCUCCAAAACUGGCAGGACCUUUACAUAAGAUCAUCAUGACCACCAACCUUAACCCAGUCAAGAUGGUAAUGAUGGUGAAAGAAAACCCGCUGCUUGUAGACGUCGUAGCUCUGGAGAAGUGUUACCAAGUGAUGGAUCUGCUGUGUGAGCAGUGUGUGAAGCAGCAGGACAUGAAUGAGGUGCUGGCUAUGAAGAUGCAUUACAUCAGCUGUGUGCUACAGAAGUGCCUAGCCUUCUUACAGGAGCGUGAUGACAAACUAGACGCUCUCCUCAAGAGUCUUUUAAAAGGGCGAGAUGGUGAUGGCUUUCCACAGUACCAGGAGAAAUUUAUUCGUGACUGUAUCCAGAAGUUUCCUUACUGUGAGGCGACUCUGUUACACCAGCUGGUCCAAAACAUAGCUCCAAUGGAAAUUGGAAACUCCCCAACAGCCUUCUUAGUUCUUACUCAGGCAUUAACAGGUCAGAUGGCUCUAAUGGAUGCCGAGUUUUGUGCUACAUGCGGAGAGAGGGGAGCUGAUAAGAAGUGUUCAUUCUGCAAAAAGGUUGUGUACUGUGGGCAGGCUUGUCAGAGGUUGCACUGGUUCACACAUAAGAAAGUUUGUAAGGCUCUGCAGCUACAGAAAGAAUUUCAAAGUAAAGAUUCCCAGAGUGUGAGAGAAAUCGCUGGAAAUGAUGAUGGUUAUGACGCUAUAGAGGGAAAUUGCAGCUCAUUGCUGGGUCUCUGUUUGGGCUUUGCGGAGCUUGGACGUUCACAUUCUUUUGCUGAGAAUUUUCCUGAGCCUUCAAAUGCUGUUGCAGAGGCCAUGUCUGGCUGCCAGGACUGGGGAAGAGAGGGCCGUCCAUCUUCCUGAUUGUUAAACCUCUGCUCAUUCACCAUACAUUAUAACUGGGCAGAACACUACACAAGCUGAUAGGGAAACCCACAGUUCUACAUAGAACCCAGAGUGAUAACCAAAGAACCAUUAGACCCUGUACUCUAUAUUAGACCCAAAAAAAGGUACUCAGGGUUCGUUAGAGUUCUUAGCACUUCUAGCCUCCAAAAAGGUAUUGUACUUGAAAUAAUCUCUAACAAAAACCCUCUGUUGUAAGGCUCUACACAGAACCUUUAAGAAUUCCCCCUAAGUGCCUUUUAGGGUAAUAGAUACAAGUAUGUAUACUACCAGUCAAAUUGUUUGGACACACUAGAUUAAAUGUAUAUUUUUUGUCGCAUUAAAGGCAUUUUGAUAAAAACUUAUGGUUGAAAAGUUUAGUGAAGUUAAUGUCCAUGUAAAAAUGUAUUUCUGAAUCAAAUUGUUUUUAAGUUUUUUUUCCUUUACUUAGUUACAUUGUUACCCCAAAGAAGUGCUUUUUAUUUAGAACUUAGUAGAAACAAUUCAUAUAUAACAACAACAACAACAACAACAACAACAAUAA